CGCUGCCUGUGCAGGGCCCCUCGGGCCCCGACCCUGCGGACCGCGCAGCCAUGCUGCACCUGCUGGCGCUCCUCCUGCACUGCCUCCCGCGGGCCGCUGCGGACUACGACAUCUGCAAAUCCUGGGUGACCUCGGACGAGGGUCCCACCUGGGAGUUCUACGCCUGCCAGCCCAAGGUGAUGCGCCUGAAGGACUAUGUCAAGGUGAAGGUGGAGCCCUCGGGCAUCACAUGUGGAGACCCCCCAGAGAGGUUCUGCUCGCACGAGAACCCCUACUUGUGCAGCAACGAGUGUGACGCCUCCAACCCCGACCUGGCCCACCCGCCCAGACUCAUGUUCGACAAGGAGGACGAGGGGCUGGUCACCUACUGGCAGAGCGUCACGUGGAGCCGCUACCCCAGCCCCCUGGAGGCCAACAUCACCCUGUCAUGGAACAAGAGCGUGGAGCUGACGGACGACGUGGUGGUGACCUUCGAGUACGGCCGGCCCACCGCCAUGGUCCUGGAGAAGUCCCUGGACAACGGGCGCACGUGGCAGCCCUACCAGUUCUACGCCGAGGACUGCGUGGAGGCCUUCGGCAUGCCCGCCCGCCGCGCCCGCGACCUGUCGUCGUCGGGCGCCCACCGGGUGCUGUGCACCGAGGAGUACUCGCGCUGGGCGGGCUCCAAGAAGGAGAAGCACGUGCGCUUCGAGGUGCGCGACCGCUUCGCCAUCUUCGCUGGCCCCGACAUGCGCAACAUGGACAACCUCUACACGCGGCUGGAGAGCGCCAAGGGCCUCAAGGAGUUCUUCACCCUCACCGACCUGCGCAUGCGGCUGCUGCGCCCGGCGCUGGGCGGCACCUACGUGCAGCGGGAGAACCUCUACAAGUACUUCUACGCCAUCUCCAACAUCGAGGUCAUCGGCAGGUGCAAGUGCAACCUGCACGCCAACCUGUGCGCGGUGCGCGAGGGCAGCCUGCAGUGCGAGUGCGAGCACAACACCACCGGGCCCGACUGCGGCAAGUGCAAGAAGAACUUCCGCACCCGCUCCUGGAGGGCCGGCUCCUACCUGCCGCUGCCCCACGGCUCUCCCAACGCCUGUGCUGCUGCGGGCUCGGUGGGCACUGUGUUUCUAACCCCUCCAAGCUGUGGGCGCCCGCACCCUGCCCUUGCCGAGGCCUCCGGACCUUUCCGGCUUAAGCCCAAAUCUCCCAUGAUGCCUCCUGGAGAACUCCCAGACUGCGAGUGCUACGGCCACUCCAACCGCUGCAGCUACAUCGACUUCCUCAACGUGGUGACGUGCGUCAGCUGCAAGCACAACACGCGGGGCCAGCACUGCCAGCACUGCCGCCUGGGCUACUACCGCAACGGCUCGGCCGAGCUGGACGACGAGAACGUGUGCAUCGAGUGUAACUGCAACCAGAUCGGUUCCUUGCACGACCGCUGCAACGAGACGGGCUUCUGCGAGUGCCGCGAGGGCGCUGUGGGCCCCAAGUGUGACGACUGCCUGCCCACGCACUACUGGCGCCAGGGCUGCCACCCCAACGUGUGCGACGACGACCAGCUGCUCUGCCUGAACGGCGGCACCUGCUUGAAGAACCAGCGCUGCAACUGCUCGCGCGGCUACACGGGCCUGCACUGCGAGCAGCCGCGCUGCGGCCCCGCCGGCGACGCCGGCGACCUGGACUGCGACCGCGCGCCCGCGGCCGCCCCGCGCCCCGCCACCCUGCUCGGCUGCCCGCUGCUGCUGGGGCUGGCCGCCCUCCUGGCCUGCUGA